AGGGGGCUAUAUACGAAACUGAGGAGCUCUUACCUCUAUUUAUGAUAAUAGAAUAGCUUUGGGUGGCUUCACUUAUCUGAUAGCCAAUGAGUCACUAUUCCAAUCACCGCCCCUCGCUCGUGCCCAUCCAUUAACGGAACGGACUUACCGUUACUAAGCUCGUAAAGAGGAGGGCUAUCUUUCUUUGAGGUUGCGUAUGAUUCUUAAUUUGAAAUGAAUGAAUCUGUUCAUAAGAUUUGGAUCGAAGAAGCUGCCUUACCUUCUUCUCAACCCCGUCUUCGAAAGAAAGCGAGCUGCUACUUUCUCUAUCCAUACUCUAUCCAUAUCUGCCACUAACAUAACUUUAUAGCAUAGCUGGAUUGGAUCCUUGGUAGGAAAAACCAAACUAAGGAACAGGACUGGAUCCUAAUGGUCAAUCACCCCGGCAGCACUUCUAUUUCGGUUAUCCCCCGCCCGCAGAAGCUGAUUCGAUUCAAAGAUAUGCGAACGAAAGGAACAUCGAACACACGAUAUGUGAUUCGAGAUGAGAUUGCCAUCCCAAUAGGAAUAGUCAUAGGGAGCUACCAGACCCCGGCCAUACAUAUCCGAAUGAGACGAACAAGCAUUCCUCCGUUUUAGGUCACUCCCUUCUCAGGAUACAUACGACUAGAGCGUAGAUACUUUACCCCCCUUCCAGUAAGGGAUCCUGCCAGAGGAAUUCGGGGAAGAGAGGGACAGCUAUGCAUCGAAUUUGGAUUCCUCUCCUCACAUUAUACGUGUGGGUGCCAAAGUCAAUAAAAAAGAGACCUGGAGAAAGGUGGUCCUGCAAGAAAUGUUUUGGGACUGGCCUCUGACUUUGAGGGACUAAAAGAUUAUUUUAUUUUAUAUCUAUUUGGAGAAAUGUCCCGGCACUUUUCUCCUAUAGGUUGAGGUUCAUUUUCACCCGAUCAACCUCGUCGAUCGCAGGCAGCUCAAAGAGCGAGUGCAACAGUCUUUCUUUCUUACCUGGAUAAUGGAACAUGCUCUAGAAGCCCGCUUUUAGAAGCUUUAUCCGUCGUUCCAUUCCAGCCCCUCUUGGGAUAAUGAAUGUAGCGUAGGAUAUAAAAAGUGAGUUCUAGGCCCGAUUCGUCUAUAGAAAAAGGCUUGUCCUUUUAGAGCUCAUUGGAUAGGAGAGAAGAGUUUUCAAGGCAUUUUUCAGGACAUAUUUAUUUAUUUACUCUUUUUAUGACUGGCCUAAGCGCCCCCGAGAACUUUUAAGGGGACCAAGAGUUGCAAAAGAUCGAGUGGAGCUUGGGAGAGUAGAUUUCCAAUCUGAAAAACCAGCAUCUGCUUAUGGUGCAAAAUCCCAUAUUCGCUUUUCAGCUAACUAAGUAGAGUGCCCGCGGAUAUAUAUGUUCUUUUCAGGGAUACGCUUUUUAUGAAUAUGCAGUUCCAGAUCUUGGUAGGUCUGUUUUUUCUUUUAUUGGCGCCUGGAGGACUAGCCAACUACCUUGGGAGGGUCAAUUGUUUUGAAAAAAGGUUGCAUCUCCACGGAGUCAAGGGUGCUAAAGCGCUUUUCAGCCGGGCCAUGGAAAACUUUUUACUUCUGAUUUCUAUCCUUAAAACUCCGAUUUUUCGAACUCUUUGUCCCGAUCUCUUAAGUAAAAUCCGGUUGAUGCCCAAAUUCCCAUUGAAAUGCAGAAGUCGAAAAUCCAUUUGGGUUAGGAGAUAUGAAGUAAGCAGUAUUGGAUGGAUCCUUAGUUCGGGGGCUACUGGGCCGGUUCUUGGAGAUCAAAAAAGUUCUCCGUUUUCUUCUAAGUGUUGAUGGGAACAGUCGUAAAGAUCCUUUCUAGUAAGAAGAUCCUUUCUAGUGGACCUCGGGAAGUAGUGUAAAGCAUGAGCCCAUCUCUUCUCCCGAUAUCACAAGAAAUGCUUCUACCCGACCGGAUUUCAUCCAAGUAGAUAUCCGAUACUUGACUCCUAAGCGGUAGGACAUCCUUCCAGUCACUGUUCUCAAAGGACAGGCCAGAUCACCGAAUACUGCCAUUGGUAGAUCCUGAAAAGGAUGAAGCGAUAGAGCCUUCUCGUAGAGCGAUAGAAGACAGAUAAGCCGAACCCUAUGCCAGCCGGGUCAUGCUGUUAUUGUUGAUGAUGCCGGUGAUCAUCUAGCCCUAGCCAUGGAUUGUGAUGUGCCGGAUCUAGAUGAGUGAGCCUUUACGUUCCGUCCCCAGUUGGUUCUUCCAAAAGGGAUGGAAGCCCGCGCUAUAACAUGAAAUCAUGAAAUAGAGAAGUAAGUCUAGUGGGCCCCGUUCAAAUCAAGUUCUGCUUACCGCUGAUUCCCCACGGGCUACUACUGAUUCUACAGCUCUAGGCCCAGGCCAAUCCAAUAAUACGAGUAGAGAGGUGGUAGGAUAUGAGUUCCAAUCUCACCCACAAGGGUAUGUGCUCCUUGGUUAUCGAACUAUUCCAAAUAAAUCUACAUAGGUAGAGAUACAGUGCCAAGUUCGUGGGAUUUGACUUCCUUGUCCAUGCCGUGCUUCCCUAACUCGAGAACGGAUUAUUCUUCUACCUCUCAGAGCGGAGCAGCUUUCUUCCUCGCAUCGCGAAACAAGACAGAUCUUCGUACAGUCCAAUCAAAAGUCUAUGCCGAAUCCUCAGAUAGGUAGAAGGAAUUCACCUCCCCUCAAUAAUCAAUAGCUCCACUCCAAAGUUAUUUUAUUCGUCACAUGGCGUAGUUCCUCAUUGGAUUCAGGAUUGCAUUUCAUUCAUCCUUAGCUUUGCUCAGCUCCAAAGUUAUUUUAUUCGUCACAUGGCGUAGUUCCUCAUUGGAUUAGAUACUGUUCCAACAGAAAUGAUACCCUUCCACUCACUUCAUUCUACUUCCAAUACGGGACAGGAUGCAUAUUCCAUAACGGAUUAGAAUCCUUUUGUUUCCAUGAAACCCCACCUACAAGGUUCGUUUUCCCACUUGUUGGGAUGGCCUUCCCGGGUUGCCAGAGCUAUUUAAUGAUUCCAGAAAGAAAAGAGUCACUGUGAGGAAUCCAAAAAUAUCUGGGUGCCUGUGCUAUUCAUGAUUUCGACUAGUUUAGUUCUCUUAAGGCCUAUGGCCCGCGACCUAGAAGGAAGUGUGCUGCGUUCCUUCAUCUCGUACAUGGAUGAAUACCAGAUUUUCCCUUACUAAUUCUGAUUAUGAAAGCAUCUCCUCUUCUCGAAGCAGAUAGAAGAACUAUUUUGGGUUGGCCCGGAACUUACUUCUAGUGAUCUCUAUGCCUUUACCCCAGACUAUCAAGUAGAGCUUAGAGCGCUUUUAUCCCUAAAGCAUUCGUGCUAGCAAUCAUGCCAGAACUCACUUCCAUGGACUGAGCUAUUUCAUGAAAAAAGAAAGAUAGGUGUCGACCCAACUCAAGAACAAGUAUUUCCAGCAAGUAGGAGUGACGGUAUCAAAUGAUAUCAAGUUGAGCAUAGCCGCUGGGCUAGCAUGAAAGAAUGAUGUGCUCCAGAAUCUCGUACUAGAGACGGUAAGGUAGCACGGAAUUCAUUGAAAGGUGUGCCAGAGAGAUAAACGGUGUGUUCAGUCUCCCGCGCAUGUUCGCGUUCUCCACAAAUCUUGCUUUCUAAGGGCUCACCUUGAGUGGUAGUUCCCGAUCUUAGUUCUCAUAGUGGACUCGCAAUGACAUAUGGAAAUGGAUCUUCUCUUCUCCCUGGCUAUCAACGGAAAAUCUCCUAUCAUCCAAAAACAAGGGGUUUCUUACUUCGGGUGGCCAGUCUGCUUUCAAGACAGUUUCCUCUGCAUAGGUUGAGGGGUUAGUCUUCUUGCUUGAAAGGCGGGGUAUCUAAUUUCGAAUAGAGUUUCCUUGCUUGCCGCCUAGCUGAUCUUGAAGAUUGUGGAAGACUCCUACUGCCAUCUAAUGGUUCUUACCAAAUCCCACUGUCCUUCUUUUGGGGUGCCGGGCUAUCUACUAUGGUAUGCAAGAAAUCAGCCAUCUCUUCUAUUGGAACCUUAUGGUGACUAUUUGCUCGCUCGGAAGUAGAUCUGGAUCUGGAUAUUUACUAUUAGUAUCUCUCUUUCUGGAGUGCCGUUCUAAGGUUUCUCUUGACUCAAGAAUAGUAGGUGCGGGUCUAGUAGACGUAGACAGACAGUGGCAUGAUUCAUAUUCCGGACUUUCAUAUUCCUCUACCUAAGAUAGAUCCGCGCUCGGUGCGCUAUCGCCUAUAUAAGUUAAGUUAAGUUAAGUUAAGUAUGGAAAUUGGGAACUCUUUAUAGGAGUGAGUUGCUCAUCGGAAACUCAAAGUCAGCAAGCAGUUCUUGGAUUGGCCCGAGAAAUCUCCAUUUGCUAGUGCUCGUCCCACCAUCAGCCUCAUAGCAUUGAAAGGACAGGAUGGCAUCGAUUCCAUUCAAAACUGGAAGUGAAACAAAGUCAAGUAGUCACAGACCCAUUUAUUCUUUUUUUGUCAUUGGAUUGGAUACGUUACAGGGUUCGUUCACGACCCACACUCGAGACUGUUCAUUUCAUUUCCAUAUUCAAUAGCAAGCACACUGUUAAGGCUCAUCUUUAUGCGGGUUCUAAGCUAAGCUGGCACAGAAAAAUUCUUGGAUUAUGGACACGCUACUGAUCCUCAUUGAUCGACUCGGGCCUGCCCCUAUAUAUGUAUUUAUUUGAUCAGGGCCUAUUCCCACUAUCACAACAAAAAUAGAAUUCCCCGGGUGUCUACGGAGCUCACUUCUGAGAUAGAGCUGGCUUCUCACUACCGGCACUCGCUAGAAGAGAACUCUCUCUUGACUGAUCCUGAUCCCAUUCAUCGCAACAAGACUGGUACCAAUAUGGACUUGCUUCCUACCAAUCCUUCCUAUAAUGAGUUCCCAUUAAAGUAAAGUAGAGUUCCCACCUCCGCCUAGUCCGUUUUCCCGUGAUUUUCGCUAUCAACCAGAUUUUCCCUCGUACGAGAGUCUGAAGAAAAGAAUCAAGUAUGGAAUCCCGGGAUUUUCGUCCUCAAGCCUUUUUUAUUAGCGAAAUGGGAUGAUUUCAUGCCAAAAAAAUGGACUUUCGCCGUAUAGCGAGAUAAAGAAUUUGAAUUGUCAAUCGACUCUCUAGAGGGAAAAAGCGAGAAUGAACAUUUGCCGUAUAGUGAGCAUCAAGUUUUUCAUUUGAAAUUGACUCGUACGAGGGAAAAAGCGAUAAUGGACGAUUUUCCCAUUGAGACUCAGUUUUUUCAAAAGAAAUCUGAUCCUCCGGCCAAGCCGAAGUUCCUGGAACAUAUGGAUCAAUCAAGUGGUAAGCCGCCCGGAAGAAACCUUUCCCUUGCCUCCCUUACCGAAAUCAAAUCAGGGCGACCAAUCAAGCUAGGAAGAAGGAUACCGACCUUCUCCAUUGAUCAUAUAGAAAUGAAUAACGAACUGGCUAGAUGAGAACCGGCUGAAAAGCAAAGAGACUAUUUCAACCAAGCAACCAUGGGAACACAGACCCGCACCCACGAUAAGAACUCUUUUCGGAGGAAGCUUCACCUUUAUAUGUAUGCCAUCCAUUUCUGAGUGAGGCAGGCUAUUAUCGUUCUCCGCAAGGAAUCAACCUUCGAGAAAAAAAGGGAGUCCAUCUUUAAAAUCUUAUGCUGCCCCAAAAUGAUGGAACCAGCCACUAAAGGCAAGCUACAUCUCUUCUAAAAGAGGAAUUAGGAACGGGAAGUAGGACUCAUUUCACAAUGCAAAACACAUAAAUGAGAGCACUUUGCUUAAAGCUGAACCUACGAAUCUGUACUUGCGCUUUUUCACUUGCUCCCCUCAGAAGAAGUUAGAGCUGACAUUUAUUCAGGAGGAAGUGUUGUUGGCCAUGUAGGUUAAGUCUUCCUUGCUUUCAGGGACUUCUUUUUGUUGUCAUCUACUUGGUUUCAGGGAUCUCUGUAUGUGUGCUGUGCAUAUACUUCCCUAUACCCUCACUUCAUCAGGAAAGCAGUCGAUUCUCAUCUCAGAAGAUCUUACUAAAACGCAUCGCUCAUCUACGUAAAUUCCAGUCAAGUCAGGGAAGUUGCUGAGUUGAUAGGUCAAAAGUACUACUUUUGCCACUAGGUGAGAUACACUUUUUUGUCAAUCGAGCCUGCCGCCCAAGCGAAAAUAGGGUUCCGUGGUUUUCCCACUAGGGGAGAUAGACUUUUUCUUCUCUUCUCCCUGUGGAAAAUAGGCUUGAGUCAUUUUCCAGCACAAACAUUUUUCAAAAAGAAAUCCACUUUCCCAAGCUAAAAUAGCAAGUACUACUUUGACAGCUAUAUGAGAUAGACUUUAUCUCAAUCCAUCCUCUCUUUUACGAGAAUGAAGAGGAACAGGAAUUUGGGAGUUAGUUGGUUUUCAAAAGAUAGGAGUCAUUAGAGUUGAUACCGCAUCCCUUAUUCUUAUUCGAAGGAAGCAAUCCCACUACAGGCUAGCAUUACCGAUACUUGUACCAAUACUUCUCUUAGCUUGUCAUUUCUCCUAUCUUUUGAAGAAGGAAAGGAAGAAGUAGUUUUAGUUAGAAAUUAGGAUUAGGAGAGUGCUGCGCUUGUGUUUUUGGAAGAAAAUGCAGCUCUAUCCUGGAUAGAUCCUUGAUUCACCGCCAGCGGAGGGCCAGAAAUAAAGAACUUUGUCUCAACGGAGAAUCUCUUCUGCUCAUCUCCGCGAAGAAUGAACCCGUUACCACUACAAAGUGAGAAAUAAACCGCCAAGGAUAUACCAUUUUUGGCUUCCAUAUCUGCACGGGGCAAGGGAAGAAAUAUAUCGUAGAAAACAUCCUCUCCUCAAGCUAGGAAGCAGGAUUGGAAAGCUAUGGUUAUAUGCUGCCCAGGUCUUGCGGUAUAGGACUUUACUACUCUACUCGGAUGCCAGAAUCAGAAGAUAUCAUAUUCUCCCAGUUGAGGUAAGAACCAAGGUCAUCUAGCCUCUCAUAUCUUAGCUUAGGUAUGGCUCGGUGCUGCUUACUCGAAAGGAAAAGAGAACUCGACUGUGUGUGCUACUACUAUCUCCAUAUCAGGGUCGGGGGUAUCCUUUAAGGAGUUGUGAGAUGAGAAUAUUUCCAGAUCUAGAUCUCUUUCUUUGUAAGUGGACACCAUUCCAGAUACGGCUAACUGCUUGUUUUUCUUUGCUUGGCUUGAAGGUUGUAUCUGUUUCCAUCCAUUGAUACGUUAAUAUUUCCAUCCUUUCCUUUAAGCUACUCUCUUUCCUCAAGGUUGGUCCAACUUACUGAUGUCGAAUUCAAAUAGUCAAAGCCUUAUCUUAUAGUUCUAACGUUGAAAGAGCUUAAGGAUGCAUUUCUUUUGAAGGAGGAAGGAAAAGGAGUUUCGAUGCAACUACUUAAUUCGUAACGUAUAUAAGUCGUGGGGACACCAAAAUACCUCUCUUCUCUGUCGUCGCAAUAGAGCAGUUACGAUACUGCUUCCAAGGAAUACUCUUUUCACCAAAAGCAAAAAUCCCUUUCGUGGCCGGAGGAAGAUAAACGGCGAUACAGUCUGAAAAGAUAGUUGGUCGUGUGCUAGUGGAAAACCUCUUUGAUAGAGCAGGGGAAGUCCCCAUUGGGCAUAGUAGCUCACGUUGUAUUGAGGCAGAUUCUCCAUCCAGGAAUUCCAGUCUUUGACUCGGGAAACGAAGAAGGCCGCCCUUAGACCGGAGUCCUUGGGCACCCUAUAUACCCACCCCCGAAUGGACAGGUAGCCAACCAACCUGGCGGGAGUCGGCGGCAGAAGUGCCUGCUUGGUACGGCUAAACACUUCUCUUUUCUUAUUUUUUAUCCACAAUUCCUGGCUCCCUUUCUUAAUUGGGUAGACUUGGGCCAUUGUGCAAUUACCAUCCUUUGUGCGACCAGGCCCCACGGGAAUCGCCUUGAAGAUGUCCACCCCUUUCUUAGAAAAAUGGAAAGAAAGGUGCUCAGCGACGACUGCCCCUUCUACCUUUACUUUUUUGCCACUCUGUCUCUUUGGAGCAUCCGUUUCCUCAUAUUAUCGAUUCAUAAAGGUCCAUGAAAGGAAAGAAGACCGCUUUCCCUUGCUUCGCACCUCGUCAUAGCCCUGAAAAGCUCACCCGGAGUUCUAGUUAGAGAAUGGGGUAUGAUUCACUACUUGCCUACUGCUACCUGGGUCGUGAGAUCGAAGAAGGUAUACUAUUAGACAAGGUUCAUUCCAGCUUUGCUGCUCUUUUUCUUUUGAUUCUUUCUGUUUCUGUUUACUUGAGCUAAUUCUUUACUUGCUUUCGAGCUAACUUGGCGGAAUGGAAUCACAGCAAGAGACAGGGCUAAUGGUUGGUUCUGUCUACUAUAUUUAGUAUGAUUUUUAUAUCUUCGACCUUAAGAGGCGGUUUACGAAAGAGAGAGAGCUCGUGGAAGACUUGAGAAAUGGAAAUAUCUUUCCAUUUCUUCCUAACAGGAUGCAAUGCAGGUACUGUUUAGUUUAGUAAAGAAGGAACAAUCCUCGUAUUGGAACCGGUCGAGGAAUAUCCCUCACCCUCGUAUUUGAAAAGAAGUGAAUCAAAUACAAUAGUAGGUAGGAAAGAAAAGCCAUCCUUUGAGUAGUAACUUUACCAACCAAGGUAGGGAUAGUCGAGAGCAGGAUGCCGGCCUUAUUCUGUUUAGAAGAAAUGAAAUUGAUUCACCGGCAAAGAAACGACUACUGCGAGCAGGAGCGAUGCAACCGACGGGAGGACAAUCCUAAUUGGAUUGGCGGACUAGUGAAAUUCAUGUAAUUUAGAGUUGGCAAUGGGAGCUGGUGAUAAACAGGUAAGGAAGCACUCGACGAAUAGUGACAUUUAUGAAUGCAAAGCGGGGCCAAGGCAGAUAUACGGAUCAGGGGUAUAAGCUAAAACAAGCAGAAGCAAAGCCGACUUCGAACGGGGAUAAUCGAUAAGGCAAGGCAGCCCUCCGGUCAUAGGAUUAACGGAUUAGCUGGAAAAGUCAUAUGCCUCGGAGAGCAAGGGUGGUACACCAGGAACUCGGAUUGCGAUGCUCCGGAGAAAGUCAUAUCGGUUUAGUUUCGAUCAUAUAUGAUAUUUAAAAGAAAGAAGGAUCUGCCAAUGGUACAUUGGUGCAUUGGGGAUUUCCAGGAAGCAGGUCGAAUCGGAGCGGAGCUGAGGCCCCGGAUGCUGAUUAGCGAAAACAAGAACUAGCCCCGCAGGGCAGGACCAUAUUUUGUAGUAGUAGCUUUUCUCACUGGUAAAGCUGGAUAGGUUAGAGGAUGUGAGCUAGCAGCAGCAAGUUAAGUAAGGGAUAAGAUUGGUCCCUCUGUGUCCGGAAAGAUACCUUUCUGAUCGCGACUUCGGUUACGCACAAGAAGAUGGGAGCUAUUGGCAAAGGUAACCACCAUCACUAGGCAACCAACAUAUGCUUUUCCAAAGCCAGAACUAGGAUAGCGAGCUGGAAAGGAGAAGUGAACUGGUUGAGAGGAAGAAUCAAGUAGAACCGAUAGAAGCUCUUGUUGCCUUAUUUGAAUAUGGACCAAUCGACAACCUUUUCUUUGAAAAAAAAGAGGAAUCAUGUUUCCGACCUUGCCACCGGACUGUUUGAUGGAGCGGGGAGCCUGUAACAACUAGAACAGACAAGAAGGCUUGCCAAGAAUAGACGAAGGCCCUUAGCCGAGGAGCAAGAAAACGGAUGUGCGAACAGAGAACCUCUUAAGGUCUCUUACAGAGAAGAUUCUUGCCUGGGUCUUCGGUUCCGAUGUUAGUCCAGUGGCAGUUGCCUGUCAUAUAGUGGGAGUCCUUCUUCCAGCGAGAGAAUUGAAAAGCAAAGUGAAGUUUAUCCAGAAGUUGACCCAAGUUUUGUCUGCUCGUGAGAAGACGGAAGAGGAACUUUCUGAACUGCUCGGGCAGGGUCACCAGUUGGCAAAUAGCAUUCGCGCCUCCCAUCCGCACGUGAGAACUUGGAAAGCUCAACUGGGCUCGAAGCACACUUUCGCAGACUGAUCUGCUUAGACUUCGGGCGUUGGGGCUUAAAGGGAAACCACGCAAAGCUCCGGUGAUCCACUCUAUUCUAUGGCAACCUCCACCUCCUGGAUGGAUUCAAGUUAAUACAGAUGGAUGCUCGAGAGGUCAGCCAGGACCGGAGGAAUCUUUCGAAACUGCAGAGUGUACAUGGAUGCUUUGCGCUUUCGUUGGGCAGCGGAUUCGCAUAUCAGGCAGAGUGGGUUGGGGACGGCUAUCGCUAUAGCACACUCCAAGGGCUGGAAAUACCUCUGGAUCGAGUCAGAUUCAACAUAUGUUGUUUUUUUAUUAAUAUUAAUAAGUCAAUGGCAUCUAGGUAAAUUGCUUACUCUUGCUGUGACUAAUAGUUGGCCUAUUCGCCAACUCGAUGUAAAUAACGCGUUCUUGCAGGGUUCUUUAACUGAUGAAGUAUUCAUGGAACAACCACCUGGGUUUUCAGACUUUUUGACUCCUGAUUAUGUUUGCAAGUUGCAUAAGCCUAUUUAUGGCCUUCGGCACUCGUGCUUGGUAUAACGAGCUUCGUACCUUUUUAGUAUAUGAAGGAUUCCUCACAUUCCUCAUUGUUUAUACUUAACUCCCCAUUUUAGGUUAGGUUAUUUAUAUACUAGUUUAUGUUGAUGAUAUAAUCAUCACUGGAUCCGCAGCAGCUGAAGUGAAUGCUUUUAUCUCUACUCUUGCCAAACGAUUCUCUAUAAAGCCAGCUUUCUUAUUUCCUUGGAGUUGAAGCUCACUACACUGCUAAUGGCUUGUUCUUAUCUCAAAGGAAGUAUAUCAGUGACCUCUUGCAUCGACUUAACAUGGCUGAUGCCAAGGCUGUCUCAACGCCUAUUGCUACUACUGAAGUGCUUAAAUUAUCAGAUGGCUCGCCACCGGCUGAUCCAAAAUUAUACCGUCAAGCUCUUGGGUCCUUACAAUAUCUCUCUUUGACUCGUCCUGACGUCUCCUUUGCCAUCAACAAGCUCUCUCAGUUCAUGCAUUGCCCAUCCACACUUCAUUGGUGUGCUGUAAAACGCCUCCUCCGAUAUCUAGUUGGCACUCUUGACUAAGGUCUCUUGCUCCGUAAGAAUUCUCCUCGCACUCUUCACGCAUUUGCAGAUGCCGAUUGGGCCGGUGAUCCUAAUGAUCGAACUUCCACUUCAGCUUAUGUUGUUUUCCUUGGAGCCAAUCCUAUCUCUUGGAGUUAUAAAAAGCAAAAGACAGUUGCUCGAUCCUCCACCGAAGCCGAAUAUCGGGCCAUUGCCUCCACUGCCGCUGAAGUCAAUUGGAUCAUGAAUCUUCUUCAAGAGCUGAAAGUUCCAAUCUCACCCACUCCAGUCAUCUAUUGUGACAAUGUAAGUGCCACUUAUGUUUGCGCCAACCCCGUGUUCCAUUCUCGUAUGAAGCGCAUUGCCAUUGACUUCCAUUUCGUUCGAGAUCAAGUUGCUACUGGUAAAUUGCGUAUUUCUCAUGUUCAUACUUCUGACCAACUUGCCGAUUCACUUACUAAGCCCGUGCCUCGCCGGCACUUUUAAACUCAUCGGAACAAGUCCUCAAUGGCCAGCCAAUCUUGCGGGGGCAUGAUUCAAUUCUAAGCUAAACCCAUUCAACUGCUGUAAAAAGGUCUGAGCCCUGCGUUGAUAGAAAGAGCGCUCUUUUCAUGAAACUAGAAAUCUCGUAAGAGAAGAAGUGAGAAAUCGGAUCGACAAAGCACCAUUUCCUCCGCUCAAGGAAAAUCAAUGCCGAAGACUGACAACCAACAUCGAUAGGUAUUACAGUGCCUCUGAGUUAUCUCGUACUCGCGGUUUGACCUACCCAACCAGCAACUGAAGUGGAAGACUGACUGACUCAGGUGUUGGCUUUUAGCUCACCUGCCAGUCAAUAUUCUUAUUAGACCCGUGUGACAAUGGUGUUUCCAACACAAAAAGUAUGGUAUACUCAAGUAAAGUACUAGCUUCACCGGAAAAACAACUGUAACUCAUGUGUGAUCGCGGAUUCCACGGUAACUGUUUGUUGUAGUUCCAGCUCUACAUUAGGAGCAUAGGGGCUCUAUCUACAUACAGAGUUUGACCCACGGUACGGCUGAAAAAGGUAAGCCGGUUAAGUGCUUUAACCAUUUAGUCAAAGAGACUGAGCGAGUGAAUUGGUUUUCUGUUUUGUCAGCGGAUCUUACGAGCUUUCAUAGAAAGCAUACUAUACUAUAUAUUUUACCGCGUACAAGGACAAGUGGUGGCACGACACGGAAAGUAGCAUCCCCAUAAGGAUGAAUUGUUGGUUCAAAUCGGAUAAUCAAUCAAUAGGGAAAAAGGAAGGGAUUACUGUAAGAUGGAAUGCUCGCGUCGGAAUUCAUUCUUCUCGUUACGGUAGCCUAAGAGCAUUCAAGAGCUCAGUUAGAGCCUCUCAAUUGAUAGAGGCAUGUUCAUAUGAAGCGCUACGCAUAUCUUAUUUUACCAAAAUAGGGUGGGGCUGGUAAUUGAAGAUCUGGGAUCUAUCAGUCAAAGUGGACUACUAAAAAAAACUUCUGUUGCAAGGUAAUUUUUUUUAAGUCUAUUUAGCUUCUUCGUAGAAAGAAGGGAUUUGCUGCUUUCUUAGUAACAAUAUUCUUAUGCUAUCUGGCUAUCGAGAAGAAGAAUGGUUAAAAAAAAGGGAAGAUAAACAAACAAUUUCUCUCCCUUCCCCUAAUCUAAUGGAAAACUUUCCCGAAUCUAAAGGAACUAGCCGUAAGAUAAGAUAAAGAGGUGGUCGAAUACGGCCACUCAUCCGCUUCCUAGCCGUAACAGAUGGAAUUGGAAUCUCACUUAAUGAAAGAUGCACUAUGCUUCAUUCAAUUGGACAGCUUUGCCCGUCUCUGGACUGUACUCUUUCAGAUUCGGCAAUGGAUCUUUUUUUUUACCCUUCUGGGGACUAGUCUAAUUCUUAAUUAGCAAUCUAAUCUUGAAUAAUAUCAAGCAGUGUUCCACAAUAGCCUGUGCCGUGACCCAUCCUCCUGUGACACUGACAGUAGCAGGAAUUGUUUUCAGCACCUGGAAAAGGUUUUUAAUCGGAGUCAGGCAACUCGAGAGCUCCAAAGGACAUAAGAACUUCAAACAACUUUUCAGUGUGAACGAGAUAGAAAUUGUACUUCUUUUGCUCUUUAUGUUCUUUGCCCUUAUUCUUCAUCUACUGUGGUUGUGGUACAAACUUUUUUGAAACGUCUGUCACGACUUAGUUUGAGCGGAAUGAGAUAGCUUUCACCUCUUUCUCCAAUAUCCAUAAAUUCUGAAGCUCGUUCUAUUAACUGCGCAAAUGUCGUUAUCCCGACAGGAGCAAGAGGAAUUCGAAAUUCAUAAUGCAAUCAAAUAGAGACUUGUUUUUUGGGAAUAGGCUCCGAACAUUGCAUCGCCAAGAGUCUGAAUCGAGCAAUGAACUCCUGGGCUUUCUCUGUCGGUUCCUGGAUGCAUUUCCUCAAGUCGUCAGUAGUGACUGACUUCUUUCUUUGGAAGGUCGGAAUCCGCCUGAAUAAAUCGCACAUAUGCUCCCAGGACUUCACGGAAUUAGGAGGCACAGAGGUAGGUAUACCAAGAGAAAGCUAUGUGGGUAAGCGACGAGGGUUAAACCUAAAUAACAAGUUUUAGUUUCCAGAAGUAUCUCCACGCUGAGCGAUGAACCUCGCCAAAUGCUCUUUUGGUCCAUCUUUUAGGUUCAAUUUGGGCAAUAUGUAUCCCGUGGCUCGUAGUCAAUCUCUGGAGGAUAUGGAGGAUCAUAGGCUAGGUAACCUUUUCACUAUUCAUUUAUAAAGGUACCUUCAAGUAACCAGGUCUCUUCAUCCUUAUUGGGCACUCCCACAAGAGACAAUUCUUUUUAGCCUCUAAGAGACAACAAGAAGAGCCUAACCAGGACCUUGAGAUAACAGCCCAUAGGGUAGCCCCUACAGAGCAAAAAUCUAAGGCCGGAAUACCGGAGUUCUUUCUUUGCUUCCAAGAACAUAGAUUCCUUCUUCAACCCAGGUCAUGACCGAGGGCGGGUAUCUCACUCGCAUAUCUAGAGCCCAGCAUCUCUCCUGAACGACACCUUCCGCAGACUCUACUGGUGGUAUUUCCCGAGGCGAGGGGUGCAUCCAUAUCGGUCAGGAAACGACAAUGACUCUUCUUCUUCCGGGUCCGGGAAGCUAUGGGCACCUCACAAUUCUUAGACGACAUUAGUGGAAGCGAACAUUCGUAGCAUUCAUUGUCACCGAUCAUUGAAAAAAGAAGCCGUACGAGGUUUAGAUUUGGCGGCUAUAGACUCAAAGGGCACAGACAGGCUGCUGGUACAGUUUUUUUAGCUAACUAAAGUCCAACUUCCUUUGCCGAAAGAGGAUGAAACGGAUCAGCCGAUUCAACUUAGCAUUACCCGACUCGUAACUUCAAGCACAACCAUCCAUCUCAAUCCAAAAUCUCCGAUCGUCUGUGAUCCCUCCUCCGGUUUUGGAUAUAUAGACAGUGCCUGCUCUCAAACCAACCAAGACAGCAGCAAGUUCCUAUCGAGAACAAGACGACAGAUCAAUAUGACCAAUUUAUCUAAGGUGAAUACGUGAAAAAGUGUUGCUUAGCUCAGUGAAAUGGAAUAAGGAAGAGAAAGUGUAGUGUGAUAAGGGAAGAAUUUUUAGGUUUUCAAGCAGAUAGAUAUACAAACAAGAAGAAUUCACAUCAGAACCCUUUCCUGCUUCCCUUUUUUACCCAUCGGACUCACAUUUUGAUCUCCUACGCUUGCUUUCACAGUCCCCCUACGAGCAGCCCGGAAUCAAUGAAGGAGUUCAUUCAGCACCGAGCCGAGCGAGCGUAGAUUCAAUAUGUUGAUUGUACCGAACGAAGGAUUUGCCUUAUCACGAAAGCCACAUUCGUUUCGUUUGAGGAAGUCACACGUCCUGUUCCCUAUAAAUAAGGAGAUUCAUUCUUUUUUUCAGAAAUCCCCUCUUCUUCCUCCUCAAGCCCCUAUCACAAGACCAAGCGGAUCUCAUCCUGCAGAAGACUCAGAGCGGAUCUAUCUAAUGGCAUGGCUGGCUGUCGGAUGUGAUCUAUUCUCGUGUCACAUCGCUUUCUUUCUUCUCCCUCCAUUUUCUUCACUACUACCGCUCCUACACAUAAAUCAAAGAAGCAUUGUGGAAUAGUGGCAUUUCGUUAAUGGCGAAAAUUUUCUUAGUGAAAGGGUUGCCUGCGGCAAACUCAGAGCGGUCUCUGAAAGUGAAUAGGAGCAUAGCGGUAUCAUCCAAGCCAAACACGUCUCCUCAGUCAAGGGUCUUCUCGCGCAAAGAAGAUCAAAAACAUAACAACUGAUUUCGCUUAAUGCAUGUCACCCACCCGCUCUCAAUACAGCAAGUGACUCUCUCUCACAAGACAGAGAAAGAUUACCGAUUCACCCAAUUUGAUCAGAAGUGAGUUCAUUGUUGUUGUAUAGCGAAACCUUUCCUUGACAAAACCAUUCUCAGCUAAUAGAAGCCGAGCUAUCUAUCGGUUGAACGAAGCGAAUGGAAAAGCCAAAGAAAACAGAAAUCCAUUGCGAUUAGAAACCUGUGACUCUACAGCCAGGGCUCGAUGGCGAUGUAAGAUAGAAAGAAUGGGGAGUUAGGGCUUCGGUUUCCUCUGUGGCCAGUUCCAAUUCCAAAUCAUUUGCCGACAUGCGGACUCACUUCUCUUUUAUGGGAUGAAAGCCCUUGUCUAUUUACGUGGGUGAAUCAAGUACAACAAGUCAGGUCAGAGCUUGUGGUAGAAGAUUGGGCUCUGCUACGCAGAUCCACUCAACUAGGAAAGAAGUACGCAUUGCUGACUGACUGUUUGAACGAUCCUAGUUACUAGUAAGUAGCUAAUCAAGUCAGAGUAGGGUGGCCGAGAAGCUUCUUGCCGGUGCCCCCCAAAGCAAAGCACAGACUCUACUCACCCACGCGUUUUCCACCUACGGAGGGAGAAAUCAUCGAAAUAUCCUCAUCCCCUGAAAGGGAACCCGAAAACAGGACGAGAGUGGAUAGGGUGACUAAGGAGGUAGUCAAAAUUAGUAGUGAAUUUUGGAAAGAGAAGAUUACAAAAAGGCGAGAGCAGCAUAAUCGUUAGUUAGGGGUAAGAGGGGACGGGCCCGUAUAGAAAGUAAAUCCUUCUUUUUCCGAUAUGCCGCUCCGCAAGCAAGGAGUGCCACGCACGAGCGGAGCGAAAACUAAGCAAGGGGAAUUCCGGCAUUCCAUGGAAAGCAUGCGAAAUCCUUUGAUUGUUUAUAGAAUCAAAAUCACUAUAUAGUCUUUCUUGUUCCACUUGCAAGGCAAGGAAAAAUAAAAUGUCAGUUUCGUUAUUACAACCUUAUUUUUUUAUGUCAAAGACAAAAAGCUACGCGCAAAUUCUCAUUGGAUCUCGGUUGUUCUUAACAGCGAUGGCUAUUCAUUUAAGUCUUCGGGUAGCACCACCAGAUCUUCAACAAGGUGGAAAUUCUCGUAUUUCGUAUGUACAUGUUCCUGCGGCUCGGAUGAGUAUAGUUAUUUAUAUCGCGACAGCUAUAAACAGUUCCUUGUUCCCAUUAACAAAACAUCCCCUUUUUCUUCGCUCUUCCGGAACCGGUACAGAAAUUGGUGCUUUUUCUACUUUGUUUACGUUAGUGACUGGGGGGUUUCGGGGAAGGCCUAUGUGGGGUACCUUUCGGGUGUGGGAUGCUCGUUUAACUUCUGUAUUCAUCUUGUUCCUUAUUUACCUGGGUGCACUGCGUUUUCAAAAGCUUCCUGUCGAACCGGCUCCUAUUUCAAUCCGUGCUGGACCGAUCGAUAUACCAAUAAUAAAGUCUCCAGUCAACUGGUGGAAUACAUCGCAUCAACCUGGGAGCAUUAGCCGAUCUGGUACAUCAAUACAUGUUCCUAUGCCCAUUCCAAUCUUGUCUAACUUUGCUAACUUCCCCUUCUCUACCCGUAUCUUGUUCGUUCUGGAAACACGUCUUCCUAUUCCAUCUUUUCCCGAAUCUCCCUUAACGGAAGAAAUAGAAGCUCGAGAAGUAAUACCACUAAAAACCUAGUUCGCUCUCAAAUAAAAACCUAGUUCACUCGCUAAAGCAUCCAUGGCUGAAUGGUGAAAGCGCCCACCAACCUAGAAAGGCUAAAUGGGUAAAAAAGUAGGUUCGAUUCCUGCCGGAUGCACUGCCUCUUAAAGACAGAAACAGAGGAGGGAAAGAAGGUAGUAUAGGGAACUUGCUUUUGGAUUCUUAUCGAAAGUGAAUCCCUCUAACACUUCAGUUAGUGUUUUAUGAUAAAAUCUUUGACACAACAAGUGUUAAAAUCUUAGUCACUAGGCAAGAAUGGAAAGAGCUUCUUUACCUGCUUGAGAGGGGAGUCAAACAGAGUCUGAGGAAGCAUAGCUAUAGCAACGUAGUGUUUGAGAAAAGUGUGCCUGGAGUAAUAGGCCUGAGAGCUACCCGCGCAACUUUAAGAGUUAACUUCUAGAAUAACCGGGAAAUUUAUUUUAGUAUAACUCUAAUUCUAAUUGUGGGUGGUUCGUUACUUUUUAAGUGGUAAGCAAGUGAUCCUCACAAUUCGUUUUACCUGACUCUACUCUAAUUGUAAGAUAACUAGAAAUAGGAGAUGAGAAAGUCGAGUAGCAGCACUGAUGGGAACAUUUUUUGAAACUAGAAUGGUUGAUAAUAGGAGACUCG